GAGGUGCUUGUGAUAACCACUUCAAGCACUCUCUCAUUCCUUUUCAUCUACUUCCCUCUCCAUUUAUUUGCUUCCCGUUUGCUUCCCUUCUCGAUCCCAUGGCGUUGCUGUUCUGUACUUUUCGGCCUUCGGUUGCCCUUCCCAGUCGGUUCUUCGCCGGACAGCGCAGAAGCAUUACUAUCAAGCAGCUAGAAGCUGCCAAGAACGACCGUGAACGAGUGGUCAUUCUCGGCUCGGGAUGGGCAGGGUACAACCUCGCCCGCAGCCUCAACCCGAAGAAAUUCCAGACUGUAGUAAUAUCGCCUCGCUCCUACUUCGUCUUCACGCCCCUGUUGGCCUCAACCUCUGUGGGCACACUCGAAUUCAGAACAGCGCUGGAGCCAGUUCGGUCCCGAGGAAGCAAGUAUGAGUAUAUCCAAGGACGAGCAGACGCCGUCGACUUCGGCAAGAAGGAGAUUAUGGUUCGCGAGACGGUCCGAGAUCCUAAUCAGGGCCUGCUGGGUGUACGAGCGGGCGAAGUGAAGGAUGAACGACCGCUCGAGAUGAGGAUUGAGGCUAGUAGAGGCUCGCUGUUCAGCAUGCAUUAUGACAAGCUGGUCAUUAGUGUUGGAAGCUACAGCCAGACCUUCGGCAUACCGGGUGUGAAAGAGAAUGCUUUCUUCCUGAAGGAUGUGCAGGAUGCGCGAAAGAUCCGGAACAAGCUCUUGUCGUGCUUCGAGACAGCGGCUUUGCCAACGACACCGGUGGCGCUGAAGAAGCAGCUCCUCAAUUUCGCUAUCGUGGGAGGCGGACCGACUGGCAUAGAGUUCUCCGGAGAACUGAAAGAUAUCUUCGAAGACGAUAUGUCGAGGUUGUACCCGCAGCUAGCAGAGCAUGUCAAAAUUACAGUGUACGAUGUUGCGGACAAGAUCUUGCCAAUGUUUGAUGAGAAGCUUGCGGGCUAUGCGCUGGAGCACAUUGCCAAAGGUGUCACGGUCAAGACCAGCCACCGGAUCAAGGAGCUGAGGCGAGGCUUCCCGAACAUCGAAGGCGUUGGCGACUUCCACGACGAUGUCAAAGCCAGCGGCUUCACGCUCAGUCUGGAGAACGGCCAUCAAUCUGAAGUCGGUUGUGGAUUCGUAGUUUGGAGCACCGGGUUGAUGUCGAACCCUUUCGUUGCCAAGGCCUUAAGCUCGUCGUUCACUGCGCCGGCGAGUUGCGUCAGGCUCCUGAGCAAUAUCGACGACAGCCCGGAGUCCAGCGCAGACUGGGAGGUGCAGAAGCAUCCAAGGACGGGAAGCAUAGUCACUGACGACUACCUCCGAGUCCAGCUCGGCUCCUCCGCAAGUCACUCCGAGCCGCAACCAGCGGCCAUCCUGCGCGAUGUCUUCGCACUGGGCGACUGCGCCGUCAUCGACGGCACGCAAUAUCCAAGUACGGCUCAGGUUGCGGCUCAGAAGGCGAAAUGGCUGGCGAAGAAGCUUAACAAGGGCGACAUCAACACGCAAGGCUUCUCCUUCAUGAGCCAAGGCAUCAUGGCUUACAUUGGGCGGAUGAAUGCGAUCGUGCAAAUGGACAAAGGCAGUCUGUCCGGCCGAGCAGCGUGGAUGAUGUGGCGAGGUGCAUAUCUCGUUAAGAGCAUAUCGUGGAGGAACCGGCUACUAAUACCCAUGUACUGGACGAUCAAUUGGAUCUUUGGGCGAGAUAUUUCGAGGUUUUGAGGAUCUGCAGGAGGACCUCUUCAAGGCGGUAGUGCUGCCCGAAAGUGUCGCAUGUGCUUGCGACAGCUCGCACAUUCACCUUCGUUCUGAAAUGGUUGCCAAGCGAGAGCGUCUGGAGUUCAAAGAUAGAAGAUAGACAUCAGUUGUACACUUUGGGAGAGCUCUACACAAUUCAUUUGACCAGGCCGC